AUGACGGCAUCCCGGCUGUCCUCGACCGUACAGCGACUCAUCAAGAACGCGCACUAUGAUCCUCUUCCCGGUCCGAGCGCAGCCAUCUUCCACGAACAAUUUAGCCGGAUCAGCCGAGAAGCGCAUCAAAAGCAAUUCGGCGAGAAUGCCUGGCUGGCCCUCACCGCCGCAGCACUGGUCACGCUUAACUCGCCCAAUGGACUGAAACAUCUCUGGACGUACCUCAAGAGUCAUCAGACCGAUGGAACCCGAGGUCGCCCUAGCGAGGACGAGCAGAUCAGACGAGCAGCCCUCAUGCGCGAAGCUGGCCUCAAGAGUAUCAGCUUCAUCGGGAUUGCAAAAGUCAUCAACAACCUCGGUGCGAUGCACAGCGCGUUCGACGACGCUGUCAAAGCCAGGCUACCCGAGCAUCCGACAAGACAGCCCACCCGGCAGAAUAUCGAUGCCAUCACCGCCCGCAGUAAAGAGAUCUGGCGAAAAGUAUAUCGGCCGUACGAUGCCAAGCUCAUCGAGAAGCUAGGGCAGUACCAUCCCGAUCUACCCGUCCACAUACUCAACUCGCACUAUGGCGCGCUGCUGUCAGAUCCGGUCGAUCAGCCUAGCCCGAUAGGUCGAGUCCUCGUCUCGCUCGUCGCCAUCGGAUGCCUGCGCGGUACAGGAGGCGUAGGGCCGCAGCUCACUUCACAUGUCUUUGGUCUGAAGAAAGCAGGCGAAGAGGGGGACAUCGACCCAGUCACUUCAGAGGGCUUAGGCACAAAUUGGAAAGCUCUCACAGAGGACGAAGGGGCAGAGUGGGCGAUCCGUGUCGUUGAUGCGCUUGCAGAUGUUGUAGCUCAGCCGGGGGGCAGAGAAAGCAAACUAUAG